GUUUCAAAUUCGCGCCAAUCUUUGUUUGUUUCCGGAGUAGAACCAAGGUUGGGGCAUAUCAGUCGAAAAGACUGCAUACCCCUGCAUUUAGUUACAAGAUUGAUUGAACAUAUUCUCCGGGGAAUGCCAGACAAUAGUGGAUAUUACAGCAAUGGAACGUUGCUUUGAUGGUAGCCAAUGCUGAGAAGAACUAAUCAUUGUGUACAYGAUGCGUUCUACAUCUUGGAGUAAUAUGCUUCGACCGUGUGUAUUAUGCUUAAUACUGUUCUCAYURUCAAGCAGUCUCGACAUUGAAGARCAGAUACUAGCAGCUAAUAGACAAGAACUGAAAAUUGUUCACACAGCYCGAGAGACCAAUACUAAUUUCACUGGUAAGGUUAAUGAGAACUAUAGCGUCCGAGGAAGCCAUGACGAUAUUUUGGAAUCAAACGAGAAGCUUUCGGAAGAGCUUUCAUUUGAAACAGCAUGGACUACAUCUGGGAGACGUAAAGUAACAAAAGUUAAAAUAAUCCCAACAAAUACAACAUUAGAAUCAGACUUUGACUUCAAUGAAGUCCAAGAGGACGAUGAUAUCCCGAGUGUGCUUAAAACUCAUCGUCAUCGUCGGGAGUUAUUCGGYAAACAUCGGAGAUUCUAUAUUCCAACUCGAAGUUUUGCYCAGAGGUUUCCAUUUGAAGUGGUUGUUAAGAUAUCGACAGGUUGUACUGGGACAGCAGUCUCGACUCGUCAUGUCCUUACAUCUGCACAUUGUCUUCAUACCGGUAAAGACUAUGCCAAAGGUUUUCGGUCUCUUCGAGUGGGCUUCUUGUUAGCGAACAAAACGAUCGAAUGGAUUAACGCGUUUCAGGUGAAGCUGCCACUCGCGUGGGUUCAAGGAAACGAUACAGAUGCUUCCAGGUAUGAUUAUGCAAUCAUCAAGCUCGCCAAGCGCCAUAAACGACGACCAAUGCCACUGUCAUACAGUCAGGGUAACAGGUUUGGUAGGACAACUAAAAUACAUUUUACUGCAUUCGAAGACGACAAACCUGCUAAUACWAUUUGGUACAGGUCGUGUUUCAUCUUGGCUGCGACCAAUGACAUGAUGUACCAUUGUUGUGAUGCCCAGCCAGGCUCGUCAGGUGCAGGYGUCUAUGUCUACUACAAUAACAGAAAAACAGGAGAACAAGACCGCCUAGUAAUUGGUGUAUUUUCAGGGUUUCGUUCUGUACCCUACAACCCAUGGUGGCCGUAUGUUGGAUGCCCACCGAGGUGGCGAGGAAACUUUAAUGCAGCAAUUCGUUUCAAUCCAUUGAAAUUCAAGCAAAUCUGCCAUUGGAUUGGUAUCAAACAUGCUCUUCAGGACUGUAAGCGAUAUUUGCUCUCCCUACCGUCUCGCGAACCCCCAMGAAAGCCRCCRUCCCUCAAACCAAAGAAAGAGAAAAACAGAAAACGACGAGGACGAGAAGCRAAAAAGAAAGAAAGAGCACGCUCCAGAGCAAAGAAAUUGAGAAGAAAAGAAAAAAGAUCUAGAAGAAAGCGUAGAAAGAAGAACAAGAGAAAGGGAAAGGGUAAAGGCAAUUAAGAAACGUUUUAUAGCUAAUGUAAAGGGACAUCAAUAUAUCAAUAAACAGUUGUCGAAGAGAAUGGCAAAUAACGAUUGCUGYGUGUAUGGCGCUUGCAGUACUGCGAGGACUUUUAAAAGGUCAAAUGAGUAAUCGUCAUGUAAUCAAGUAGYUAUUUCGAAUCAUCCGUAGAAAAUAUUAUUGGUCAACACUAAGUUCUUAAUUAUCCUACAAAAUUCAAGGAUUAAGCUCUUAAUUAUACUAAAAAAAAAUCAAGGACAGUAUAUAUAUCCAUAUUUUAUUCAGCAAUGCAAUCUUCACCAUUUUUCGUUCGCCAUUUUCUGCGACAACUUGUUUUGUAAACACCUUUUUUACGACUUUCGUUGUGCUCUUAGCUUUUUAGAUUAAAAAAAUGGAGUUCUUUGAUAAGUAAACAUAGCAUUUAUAUCAUUUCUACAAUAGCACAACUAGCAGUGCAACUAGCGAGGACGUACACUGUAGAUGAAAUAUUAAAGAUAAAUCCUGAGAAGAGAGCGCAAGUUAUAUUUUUGUUUACUUAAUUAAUAAUUAUCCAURUAUACUUUCUCUAAUAAAGCACUGAAUAUAAUCAUUAA